AGCGGCCAGCCGAUCUCACUCUGGACAUUCCCUCUCAAAUUCGAGCCCCAAUUCAGUCAGAGCGAAAAACAGUCAUGGGAGUACCCGUCGUGGACCAGAUCUCGUGGGCCUACCACGGGAUCCUGAGCAACACGGACGCUCGGGUGGCCGGAUGGCCCUUCAUGGGGAGCCCCAUUCCUAUACUCUCGCUUUUGGCGGGUUACGUGUACUUCGUCAAGGUGUGGGGACCAGGAUGGAUGCGCGACAGGAAGCCCUUCCAACUGAAAGGCAUCAUCCUCGCCUACAACGUAGCCAUGGUUUUAGCCAACGGGUUCUUCUUCUUCUACGGCGGACCGCGGACGUACCUGGGCGGCAAGUACUCCUGGUUCUGCGAGCCCGUCAACUACACGACGGACGAAGAACCCAUGCUGAUCAUCAGGCUAGGAUGGUGGUACUUCUUGCUCAAGGUGGCUGAACUGAUGGACACGGUAUUCUUCGUGCUUACCAAGAAGUUCACGCACAUCUCCAUCCUUCACGUCAUCCACCACUCUCUGGUCGCCUGGUCCGUCUGGCUCGGCGUCAACUUCGGUGCAACGGGCCAGAACGUUUUCUUCCCAUUCCUGAACUGCUUCAUCCACAUGGUGAUGUACACCUACUACGCUCUCGCCCUUCUCGGACCCAAGGUGCGACCCUACCUCUGGUGGAAGCGUUACCUGACCCAGAUGCAGAUGUCCCAGUUCAUUAUGCUCAUGGUCCACGGUUCCAUCCCCGUGUUCUACGACUGCGGCUUCCCCCCGUACUUCGGCUACCUGACCAUCUUCGAGGCGUGCCUCUUCUUUGGACUCUUCUUCAACUUCUACGUGAAGACGUACAAAGCGCGACACGUCUCCUCCGCGACGCAACAGAAGCCCGUCAAGGCGGUGCAGUGAUCUCUGGAUGAUGUUACGCGCGGUGUGAACUAUUACGGACGCCCUUAUAGUGCCGUGCUCGAAGGAUACGCCGCGGUCUACGCGUGUUUCCGUCAACGGAGCGGGGUUCCGUGAACUUGGCAGUUGGCACAGUGACCUUCACAAAUCCCCCGACGUCGUCGUAGUUGACUUUGCUCACGUUCCACUUUUUAUUUAAUCUAUACUAGGUCAUCCUUGCUCGCAUCGUUUCGAAAACGAUACGUACUCACUGACUCUCGCCGUUUUGCUCGCCAUCUUCAACGCGGCGUGCAUUUCUGGAUCGGUGUGUGCAUGCAGGGCGGUUCCCAUCAGCACGUUCUGCCGGUCGGGUCAAAGCUUGAUCAGGGGGGCACUAAGAGGGGGGGGGGGGGUAAUGUGUUCCCACCGCACUGUCGCGGUACAAAUAACGUCAAAAUAAUACUCAUUCGUAUACUAAGAAACAGAGGGGAAUGUUACCGUUAGACCUUCCGAGAUACUAAAUCCGCUGCGCAUAAAGUGUCGUAUACUCAUUUCCGCUUUUAACGAGAGGAACCUUAAUCUAUUGUUCCCUCUAUACGUAGAGGAGCACCAGUGGCUUGCGUUAAUUUGGACGACCAAAUUGUCCUCGCUAAGUAGUACGUCCGAGCAGGCUCCCCUCGGGGUGGAACACUAUCUUUGAACCUGCAAGAUAUUUCUCUGUAAGCCUUUGAAAAGUGUACCUGUGUGCGCGAGCUUUGCCACCGCAGAACCUGCUGCUGUGUUCCUCCCAUUGCAUAUACCUAAGAGCGACAGCGAACUUCGCUGUCUCGGACCAGGACCGCGUCGUCUUCAUCAAACAGAAACCCUUCGGCGAGCUGUUGACUUAGGACAGCUCGUGGGCAGGAAAGGGUUUUUCGUUUGGACGGGCAUCGUCAUAUAUAUACGUGUCAAAUUCUGUCCUCUAUACCGAAAAGCAUCUUCCCACGCCGGUUGUGGCGAUCGAAUAUUACAUCUCUUUCGGGCUUGUUCAUUGUUACCGAAAUUUUAUAUAUAGGUUCGUUCUAUUCCAAUUUUACCCGAUCGGCGACGAUUGCCCUUGCAGGAAAAGGCGUCGGUUGUCGCGUCCGAAGAGAAGAAGGACUGCCAAAUAGCUGUCCCUGAACCAGGGGUGGCCUCUGUACAUGUGCGAUAAAAACUUGGAUCCGACGGUUGUUUUGCUGUUGGAGUCGUGAGUUGGUUAUGUAAAUAGAUGCACGAAUAAAUGUGCUUUUUUAUCUGUA